AGACCUGUAACAGGAGCCCUAGUUGUCGUCUCGUCCACUGUCCAGACGAGGCGCAGCUCCUCUCUUAGAGGCGGGACCUCCACCGGAUGGCAUCUGAGGACACACACCAACGCACUCCAAAAUGGCGAACCGCGACAAGGAGCUGGAAGAGGAGAUUUACGACAAGGUCGUGGACCUGACGGAAUACGCCAAACGUCAGCGAUGGUGGAACCGCCUCUUUGGGAAGAACUCCGGGCCCUUAGCGGAGAAAUACUCCGUGGCCACACAGUUAGCCAUAGGGGGAGCGAGUGGAUGGUGUGCAGGAUAUCUCUUCCAGAAGGUCGGAAAAGUUGCUGCUACAUCCGUAGGAGGAGGUCUUCUGCUGUUGCAGAUAGCCAACAAUAGUGGCUACAUCCAAGUGGACUGGAAGAGGGUGGAGAAGGAUGUCAACAAAGCGAAGAAGCAUUUAAAGAAGGGCACCGAUAAAGCGGGCCCAGAGAUAAACACGUUUGUUGAGAAGUCCACAGUGUUCGUGAAGAAAAACAUUGUUGUCACAAGUGGUUUCAUUGGAGGAUUCCUGAUAGGCCUGGUGUCCUAGGGUCUGUGUUCCUAUUGGUGUCGUGAGAAACUAUAGGGAGACAUUACAAGUCAUUGCUGGAGGGUGUUAAAGGGUUUCAACAGCGAGCGUCCUAUUUAAGAUUAGCUUGUAGCUCCCUGUUUCUACACAAGCCGCACAUCCUUUUGUCUACUUUAAUAUUGUACAUGUGACUAGCACUGUCGAUUCCUAUGCGGGACUUCUGGGAUAGAGCUCUGGAAAAGUAACGCACACCAAGAGUUGUAAUGAGGUGCUGAUCACAGGAAGUAAAGUAGGUGUUGCACACUCUGGCGUCAUAUGCAUUUCUAUUUUAUUCAGAUGAUGUUUUUGGCCAUCAGGCUUUCUUCCCAGAUCCACAAUGGUUGAUCCGAUCUUUGGAUGAAUGACCCUCUUCAAAUAUUACAUUAUUUUUAAAAAGAAAGUGUAAAGGCUAUCAGAAUGUUUUUUAUGUAUUUAUUUUUACCAAACUGUCAUUGUGAAACAAUGAAUGAAUAUGUAUCGUUAUCUUUGCCUUGUUGCGCACAAUUAAGCCAAGCAUGGUGCGGCUGAGUGCAAGUAGAUUUCAACCUUCACCUUCACACGGCAGGUGGUGUCCACUGGAUGCCAGUGUUAUAUUUUUCAAUUCCAGACAUUGUGCUUAAUCAUCUUGCUGAUGGAUAAGAGAUUGUUCUGCCUUUACUGAGAGGUGCCACAUGUUUGAUGGGUUAUGUCUGCCUCCCCUGCAUCUCUUUUUUUAAAUGUAAUUUGUGUAGCAAUACAUUGAUGCUUUAAGUACAGAAGUAUAUGGUGUGUAUAUUAUGUAAGUUUGAUGGACAAAUAAAAAUGACACACUCGGUUGAAA